UCGUCAGGCUUGACGGGAGCUCAUGCCGGCUGCUCGAGCACGCCAAGGCGGCCCGCCCUCUGGUCAUCAGCUUCGGCAGCAACACCUGACAGCCGUUCCUGGCGAAGUUGGACAUGGUCAAGCGGACCAUGUCGGACUUCGCCUCCGUGGCGGACUUCGCGGUGGUGUACGUGGCCGAGGCGCACCCCACGGACGGCUGGGCCACGGUCGGGAACAUGGCCACGGACAUCCGGCAGCACCGGAGUCUGGAGGAGAGACUGGCGGCGGCGGAGAUUCUGGCUCUGCACGACAUCCCCUGUCCCAUCCUGGUGGACACCAUGGACAACGCCGCCGCCCGCGCGUACGCAGCGUUACCGGACAGGUUGUACAUCGUGUUGGACGGAGUGUGUGUUUACAGGGGCGCGCCGGGUCCUGAUGGCUUCCACCCGGGGGAAGUCCGUGACUGGCUGCAGAGAUUCUCUGGAUAAGGCAGCGGCAGUUUCUAUAGUUGUAAAAUGAAGACUUUUUAGUAAAACUUUGAACUUCAUUCCAACACAAGGGUUACAGAGCGAUCA